AUGCCUCCCAGAGCAUCUCUAACACCGUCAGAAAUAGCCGCCCACAAGCGGAACAGCAAAACAAAGGCCAAGGCGAGUCAAGAAUCUGGUGGUGAAAAUCAAGGCGAUACAGAUAAACCAUUGCAACGGUCGUCGAAGAUAAAGGCCUUAGAGCGGAAAGUUUGGAAUGAGACAACGGCCAACAGUCAUAAGCGCGCACCCACAGUAACUGGACUGCAAUCAGCACCUGCAGCCAAAUUAGCACGGAAGAUACCUGCAAAAAAGCUAGAUCACAACAAUGACCGUGGUCAAGAAGCACAUGAAGUUAUCAGUCAUGCUGAAAGUCGAGGUCGUGAGAGAUCAACGCACUCUUCGAAAUCAGCCACGGUGUCAAUUGAAGAUAGUGACACUGUUAGUGAAUACGGAGAGAGUGACGAUGCAUCUGAAAAAUCAGACAACGACAUGGAAGUUCCUGAGGAUGAUGACUUUGAGUCACUCUCCCAGGAGGAACUCAUUAAAGAGAUUCCCCAUUUUGUGCGCACAGGUAGCAAUGUAUCUGAAUGGAUGGCCUCUGGCACUACUGCCGGUGUUCCUCAAGUUGAUGUUGCUGACAAAGCCUCUGAUGGUCAUUCCAAGCCAUAUUACCGUGAAGCAACAGCCGUCACCAAACACCAGCCAGACAAGAAGAAAGACAAGAAGAAAAAGAGCAAGCUAGAAGAACGACAAGUGUUACAAGUAACAUCGGCUACAUGGCCCCCCUAUCAUUUUUCCCCUUCGUCCUCGCCCUCGUAUGCCUCCGGCUCGCACUUCUCUACCGACUAUCCGUUGACCGGAUCCUCGGGACCGUUCCCGUCCCUCAUCCCCCUCCUAUCGCACCAACAUCUAGUCUACUCAGCAGACGGCUCUAUCAACCUCAAGGCUCAAAACACCCGGAUACAGAAUGUGUUGAAGGCCGCCAUGUUCGAACUCAAGAAAGCCUCUCUCUUCGACAACACAUUCCCCAACAUCACUCAGAAGCGAAAGAUGGCCCUGGAAGCGGUCCAUACCGCUGCUGGGAAGCGCAAGGAAUAUGCGAUAUUAAAGAGGAUGAAGCACGACUUUGAUUACGCACUGGCUCUGGCCGGGAUCCCGGAGGGACGAAUGAGCUCCUUCCGCACCAAUCUCAAGAAGCUCGCACAUCAAAUUGUUGUAUCACAUUUUGGACUCCAGAAAGGCUGCGCUGACAAGGUAGAAGACCUUCUUAAAAGUCACAAGUAUAUUUUUCCAACCGAUGCCAAGGGUAAGGUCCUUGGGGACCAACCGUUUUGUGAUGAGGCUACCAUUGACAUCAUCCGAUUGUCAUUCUUUGAUGGCGGCGAGGACUCAUUUGGCAGUCAGUGCCAUGAUGAUUUCAUUUCUGUCUUAGAUGGAAACAAUGAGCCAGAGCUACCGGUGGCUAUGGUGUGUUUGACUGCAACUAUGAUUUAUGCGAUAUUGAAGGAUUGGAGUAGCGGCAACCCGCCUUCAAAUGCGCAAGUCAAAUCAUUCAAUGCCUCCUCCCACGUCGGUGUUUACAAGGCUCACCAAGCGACUCUCAACCGCAUCUUCAAUGGCAGUAUAAAGAAGUACCAUGCACUGAUGGCACGGCUUUACAAGGCAGUCAGUGCAAUCGAGAACUCGGCGUCCACUGCCUCAUCAAGCACUUGCGACUAUCUCGAUCUCGAUGCAAUGGUCGAAGAAUAA